UCCACCUGAAGUGAAAAGCCUUGAAGGGGAGGGACGUCGCGCAAACAUGGCAGCCUCCCUUACGAAGAUCUUGUCCUUCGGUAAAAAUACGAGGACUUUGCUUAGACCAUUAAGGGAAUUUGCGGUACCUGUUCAGGAUUACAGUGUCCCAGUUUCGAGCUAUGGAGAAAAAGUCACCCACACCGGACAGGUUUUUGAUGAACAUGAUGUAAGAAGAGCAAGAUUUGUGGGUAGACAAAAAGAGGUUAAUGAGAACUUCGCUAUAAAGUUGGUAGCAGAGGAGCCAGUGACACAUGUAGAAGCAAGGGUGGUGUCUUGCAAUGGGGGUGGAGGAGCUCUUGGCCACCCCAAAGUCUACAUCAACUUGGACAAAGAGACCAAAGUGGGCACCUGUGGUUACUGUGGACAGCAAUUUCAGCAGAAACACCAUCACUGACAUGUCGUUCCUCUUCUGCUGAUAAUAAAUUAUUCCCUUUGACAGUUGUCAUGAUUUUCUGUUAAAAUCUUACAAAAAUAAAAUCUUAUUCUACAAAGAU